GAUGGAGUUGUCACAUUGUGAGGUGAACAUCGUUAAAAACUGAUAGAAAAUGAAUUAAUUGUUACAAUUACAGUUAUUAGUUUUUUUAUUAUUUAAUAUUAUUUAGUCUAAUUAAUUGUUUACCAUCUUCUAUCCCAUAACAAUCACCUCAAUCAGGUUAAUUUCCAAUUUCCUCAUCAAAAUCUUUUAUUCUUCCUCAAAUCAUCUUACACCAUUUUCUGUGUUUUCUAUUUUCUCUUUUUUUUCUCUGUCUUCUUUUCUUUUUUUUUUUUUUCUCUUACUGUUUUUCUCCAUUACAUGUAUACCUAACCCUUUUUCUUCUUAGUUUUUCUCUUUCUCUUUGUUCAACAUCUUCAACUCCUCAUCUCUCUCAUAGUCACACUGGUUUUCUCCCUUUUCUUUCAUCAUCAUCAUCAUCAUAAUCCAUCGUCAGUGUGAACAACAACAACAACAAGAAAAAUCUCUUCUUCAUAUCUUACUAAUUAUCUUUUUCCAUUCUCCUGAUCAUCUUUAUUUUCUUUGAGAAGAAACAAAAAAUAAGGAUGAUAAUUGUUACUUCUUCUUGUCAAUAAAACAACCACAUUUGUCCAUCGUCAUCAUCUUGUUAAAACACCAAACAAAACCAUUGACAUCUCUCAACAACAACAACAACACACACACACAACCACCUUCAUUUGAUCACCAACAACAACCUCUCGUAACAGGAACAUCAAUUUACCAACAAUCAUCAACUACUCUGCGGAAAAUCAAUACAUCACCAAUAAUAAUUAUCUAUAAAUAAUUACAAUUAUAUAAGCAAAUUCAUCUAAAAUCCUUCUCUUUAAUUUCUCAACAUAAUUUCUAUGUCUCAUUUGCAUUGUUGUUCUAUUCCAUUAUGUCUUUGCCUUUCUCUUAUUCUCUUUCCAAUGAAAAAGUGAAACAAAAGAUAGCACAUUUAAUCAAUGAGAUAAACCAAUUUAAUGACAUCGAGAAGUUGUUGCUCUAUAUUCAACUGCCCAGUGGUUCGCCUGCAAAUGAUCCUCUUAAACACAAAGGACCUGGAAACCCAUUCGGCAAGAAGGCGGACGUUGAAGUGGCCCAAACUUAUACCUGGAUACAAAGUCAUCUAGAGGAAGAUCCAACAGUCUCACUACCAAAGCAUGAGGUUUACGAUGAAUAUCGUUGCUUCUGUCAAACCAAUAGCUUUGAACCUCUUUGUGUGGCUGAUUUUGGUAAAGCAAUGAAACAUGUCUUCCCUGGAGUUAAACCUCGAAGAUUGGGCCAAAGGGGCAACUCGAAAUAUUGUUACAGUGGCUUAAGAAAGAGAUUAACUCUACCUGCACCCUGUUUACCUGAUCUCUUAAACACAAGUACCUCAUUGAAUAAUAAUAAUAAUAAUAAUAAUAAUGGUAACACGAAUGGUGAUGAUAGGCGGAUUAACAAAUCAAUUGAAGAAGAUUCAUCUUCAGAUCCAUCUUUGUCAACAGAAGCCUUAAGAGCUGGUGAUGGUUGUGUAGGAAUCAAUAGCUUUAAUAUUAAUUCUGAUAAUACUAAUGGCAUAACUAAUGGUAUAUUUGGUAGACAGCAACAAAAUGUAAUUUCCCCUGAUAUUGUUCAAAAUGCGGCUACACGGUUGAUAUUGGAUUGGGCUGAAGGAAUUUUAGAAAAAAGUUUCACCAAUCUGCAAGAAUUAGGAAAAUAUCUCAUUAAUUACGAUCUUGUUGAUAAAACAUCGGUCGCAGCAAUUGCAUUGAUAUCAUCUUCUGCACCAGCACCUCCUACACCAACAACACCAGGAUCUUUAUCAACAUUAUUACCAUUAAAUCAAGAAGAUGUUAAAUUUAAUCCUAAUAAUUUAAAUUCUAGGAUAAUAUUACCCAAUAAUUAUCAGAGUAAAAGUAAACGAAGUGAGAUAACUACACAAUCAAGUGCUCAAGUAAAAAAAUCUCUCAUGAAAGAGAUUAACGGAAAUGGUACAAAUUCUAGAAGAAAAGGAAACGAUCGAAGUGCUAAAUCUGUGUCUGGUAAUAACAACACUGGUUCUGGUUUCGCUGUUUCAUCUAACACUCCAAAUCAACAACAACAACAACAAGAAUCACCCGUUACUUUAACUCGUGUCAAUCGACGUAGUCGUCGUCUAUCAGUUAAUGGAAAUGGACGAUCAUCAAUGGAGAUGAGCAGUGAUUGUGCUUUAGGUGAAAACAGUGACAAUAUUGAUUGUAAACCAACUGAUCAUUUACAGAUUAAUAUAAAGAAAGAGGUAAACCAACAAUUUUACGAUAUUGAUGGUACCAAUAUCAUUGAAAAUACCACCGAUGCCGCUAUCGCAACAACUACAACCAAUGAUGAUUCAAAAACGGGUUCGGUUAUGAUGAAAAAUUCACCAUCUCAAAAUAAGAUACAAAGAGGUGGUACAUCAUCAUCAUCAUCAUCUUCUUCUUCUCAUCAUAUUAUUGUUCUACCUAAUAAUGUCCGAUUAGCAUCGGCAACAACUCGAUCGAUGUCUCAAAUCUUAACCGGUGAUAAAAGUGGAUCUCAGUCUGUUUCGGUUUCCUGUUUAUCAUCUUCCAAUGCGACCUCUUCUUCUUCCUCCUCCUCCUCCUCCUCCUCAUCCUCCUCCUUAUCCUCAUCCAUCGCCUCAUCAACUAUCCCAUCAUCUUCAUCAUCAACAACAUCAUCUUCAACAAUCAAGUCAAUAUCAUUAACAUCUCCUUCAUCGUUAUCCACAGUAACCCAAAAGUACAAAAGGAUCCAACCCAAACCUGUUUCCUUGAAUCGAAGUAACUCCAAUGUCCUUGAAUCAACCUUCAAUUACUCAACAAUCAACGAGCAUUCAACAUCAACAUCAUCAUCAUCAUCAACAUCUAACAACAAAACUACCAACGUUAUUAACUCAAGUCAAAACAGAAACAAUAAUAAUGGUAAUAAUUUAAAAUCAAAUGAGGUUGAAGGUUUAAUAGUUACUCGAAGGCAUUCCCUGGCAUCAGUAACAUUAACUGGUAAUGAUUUACAAAGUACAAAUAACAAUUGUAAUAAUAAUAAUAAAAAAGAAAAUAUUAAUUUUAGUAAACGUCGAGAAUCAGUUCUAGGAUUAAUUGGUUGUGGUGUUAAUGGUGGUGGUGGAGGAGGAGGAUUAACUUCACCUUCAUCUUGCUCUUCCUCUUCAUCCUCUUCCUCCUCUUCAUCUUCACCAUGCUCAUCAUCAUCUCCAUGUAUUAAAGACGAGCGGAUUAGUCUGGAUAAGACUCAAACAAAGCGUUCCUGUGAUGUAAGUCGGGAUUCAGAUAAUGUUUCCUGUAAGAAACGUUUAACCUCAUUGGAGGGUUGUGAAGGUAUAACAAACCUUUCAGGACUCUCUGUAUCUUCCUCCUCCAUUUCAUCAACUUUACUUGCAACUACUACUACAACCACAACCCCAACUACCCCAACAACACCAACCAUAAACUCUAAUGGUAAUCUAACCAAUGGAAUCAUAUUGACCCUUGCAAAUGGUGAUACCGAUGGUGUUGGUUGUCGCAUAUCAGAUGAAACAAAUUCAUCUUCAACUAGUCUAUCACCUUUACCAAGUAUGAGUAUGACCGAGGAUAUUUUGUUAACUGGAUUAACAGAUAAUGGAUUAAAUGACCUUAACGGUGAUAAUCAUCAUCUGCAUAAUCAAAAUUUGCUUAAUCAACAGCAACAAUUAGGAUUAAUGAAUAUAACAAAUGAUAAUAAUAAUAAUAAAACGUCAACAUCAGGAAUGUGCAUUAAACUGCAAGAGGUUGAAUGUGAUGCUUUAAAUGAUGAUCGAAAUGAACAACCAUCAUCCCAACAACAACAACAACACAAACAACUACAACAACUUCAACCAGGACAAAACCAACAUCAAGAUCAACAACAUGGGGCCUCAUCAUCGUCCCUGAUGGAUUCAUAUGAAGAUUGUAAUCCAUCCACUUUAUCACAAUUGAGAAGAUUGUUAGAGAAAAAUUUACCCAAUUCAAAGAGUAGUAAUACUACUGUUGGACUAUCGUCAUCGUCAUCAGCAGUUUCAUCCGAUCACAUUAAUAGUAACAAUGUUAAUCAUCACUCUCAUCACCAUAAUCAUCAACUUGAUCAUAAUUGUCCAAAUAAUGUUAACAAUAAUGGAAGUCAAGAAAUUAUGGAGCAACAGAUUGUCGGUUAUGAGGGGGCAACUCAUCAUCAUCAUGAACAACAACAACAACAGCACAUUCAUCAUCAACAACAACAGCAGCAACAUUAUCUCAAUCAUCUCCAUAAUAUUAAUGGUGAUAUUAAAUCAGAGGAAAAGAAAGAUAUUAGUGGAUCAAGUAGUAAUACUUUUGGAUUAGUUGAAUCAUCAUUAGGCAAAAAAUCAAUCGAUUGUAAUAGUCCCAUGGUAAUUUCAAAUGUAACUGAUUCUGAUUCAGUUGUUUUCAUUUCUAAUUCAAUUGGUAACAAUUCUGAUGCUGAUGGUGGUAAUGAUGCUAAUUUACUGGUUUCAUCCAUGGAUUAUUGUAAUAUGCAAACUCAGGUUCCAUCAGUUCCAGCCAGUCCGAAUACCCGUCGACAAGCAUUUAAUUUUCAACCAAUUUCAUCAAGAAUAACACCAACUAUCCCGGAAAACAGUGCAAUUAAUUAUGGUGAAGGGAAUACCAAUGGAAUCCCGAAUAAUUCAUCAGGAGUAGGAAACCUUAACAAUCUGGUUAAUGGGUCAAGUGUUAAUGCACACCAAUCUCAAGGGCAACUUCCAUCGCCCUCUUAUUGCCCUGACCAACGGUCAGUUGGUGUUGGUAUUUCUCAGCCAACAAGUUCAGCAAAUUCACCCUUUGUCUCACCUCGAGGUACACCAAUACCUUUAUCUCGAUCCCGUCAUGAUAGUGGUCAAAGUGGUUACUCUGGAUCACGAGCAACACCUUAUCCUGUCCUCCUUGAUUCUGGUCUUUCAUCAAUAUCAUCAUCUCCCUUUAUCUCACCCCAACCAACUCCGGUGCCUUUAAGUGGACGCAUGAGAGCAAUUUCCAACUCGUACUCUCACCAUCACCACCAUACAAGAUCAAGCCUUGUUAAUAGAGCGAGACAUUCAUCUGGUCCUGGUAAUCCAUAUACCACUUUACCCUCUUCCAUAACAGGAAGUGGUAUUGGUAUAUUUUCAAUGAGAAGUUCAUCAGUUUCACCCAUGGUUGUUUCAUGUAAUGGAAAUGAUUUAUCUUCAUCAACUAAUAACAAUCAACAAGGUGCAACAUUGGCCAGUAUUAAUGCAGCUUUUGGUGAGACCAAGCAACGUACUCGAAAUCAAUCAAGUACAACAACCGGAACCACUACCACCUCUGGUGUUUCCAGUAUCGGUACACCAGUUUCACCCAAAUCAGAGCCUCUCUCACCUUCAAGUGUUCUUAUUUCCGGUGAUAACUUGUCAACAUCCGAUUUAGCCUCAAUUGGUAUUGGUUCCUCUUCAUCAUCAUCAGCUAAUGGUGAUUCUUUUAUGGAUUCUUGCUUUUCAUCUUCAAGAGAUUGGCUAACCAAUAAUUCAAGAUACCUUCUUUCAGGUUAUCAUGGGAAUGGUGAUCAUCAUGGUCAUGGUAUUUUAGGUGCUGGUGGUAUUGGAGGAGGUAACAGUUUAUUACAUGGUGAUUCUGGAAGUUCCCAUGUUGGACCAGUCUUACGUCAGCGUCAUUUCUCAAGUCCCUAUGCUACCAUUGCAAAUAAUGGUAAUAAUAAUAAUUUUUCCCUACAUGAUUCUCAUUCCAAAGAGAUUCAGAAUCUACUGAAAGGCAGCUCAUUCAUUGAAUCAUUACUUUCAAAUAAUAACAAUAACAAUCACCAUCAUUCAGAAAAUGGUUCAGGUGAAAAUAGUAAUAUUUCAACUCUUACUGGUAAUUUAUCCAAUGGUGAUCAUUAUCAUCUUACAGGUUCACCUUUAACUUCAUCUGAUCAACAGCAGCAACAACAACAUCAUGGUAACAAUGGUCGACCUUUAUUGAAUAGAUGUCAUUCAGUUCCAAUUCAGCAUUUAGGUAAACUCUACAAUGGUUUAUCAUCGGUUCCCUCACCAUUGAUGGAUCAUAACAGUUUUACUCCCUCAUCGUCUUUAUGCUCACCAGCUGAUCCAAAUUCACCACCCGAUCGAGAUUUUUCCACUCUAUCUAAAUCACACCCUCCAACCCCACUCUGUAAUCCCAAUUUCUCAUUUCCUCCAUUCUCACCGUCCAAUGUCAAUAACAAUAAUAUCACCAAUGGUUCCAGAAAUAACAACAAUAUAAACACCAAUUCACCAAAUAAUAAUAAUCUUGUUACCGGUGGAAACAAUUCUGGUGCUAAUUCAAUAUCAUCACCAAACUCUGUUGGUUCAAUCAGAUUGAAACUUGUCGAAGAGGAAACAACAUUGGGAUCACUUGUUGUUGACAAUAAUUCAUCUGUCUCACCCUCAAGUAAUUCUGGUUUUCUGGAAAAUGGUCAAGAUGUUAUGGUCUCUGGUUUAACAUCAAAGGAAUGGUCAGUUGGUGAAUCAGUUAUCGGCUCAGAUGAUAUUGAGCUAACUGUUAAUCAUGUUGGUCAUCAUCAUUAUCAUGAUUCUCAUCAGCAACAACAUCAUCCUGAUCAAGGGCAUCAACAUCACUCUCAUCAUCAUCUACAUCAUCAUAAUCCUCAUGAUCCUGAACUUUCACCAGGAAAUGGUCUCCUUAAUACAUUUGAGGUUCGUCGAGCCAUUGACGAUGCGAUUUCUGGUCCAACUCCGAUGAGCGAUGAUUUGGAAACAACUCUGGAAGAUCUUCGUGACUGUGAUAAUGAUUUCUCCAAGUUUGCUCUCGAAUUGGAAUUAGAAGCUAAUGGAAGUACUAAAUAUGACGACAUCUAAUUAGAAAGAACAAUUAACAAAAACAACAAUUAAAACGCAAGAAAACAAAAUCGAUCCAGCAAAGUUCAAUAUCCGAUCAGCAUCACACACACACACAUAGAAACGACGAUAAAAUUGUCAAGACCAACAAAGAUGAUGGUUAAGAAGCUUAAUUGUCAUUGAUUUGUUGAUAGGAAACAACUAAUUAACUAAUUUUGUGAUAAAAGUUCAAUAUAAUUAAUUACUCAUUAUUACUAAAUUAUUAUAUUGGAUUUAAAUUGAAGAUAAACAUCAAAUUAAUGCGACAAAUCAAAAGCAAGAAAAACCCAUCAACAUAUUGAAGAUCAUCAUUUAUAUUCAUAAUCCUCAUCCUCAUCUUUAUCAUCAUCUUCCCUCAUCUUCACUGAUGCUUAUUAGUUAUUAUUUCAAUUACAUCAUUUCUAAAACAAUUAAUCAAUUAUCAUGAUAAUUUCUAUCAAUAUCUCCCAAUCAUUAAGCUUAUAUAUUUUUCAUUCAUUUACCUGGCAAAGCUUAUGAGUAACAAUUUAAAUCCAAACACUUACAGAAAAAGGAUGAGCCCAAAUUAGCUAAUUAAUCAAUUAAUUAAUAUUGUAAAAAGAAAACAAAUUAACUUUGGAAAUUAAUCAAUUUCCAACAUUACAUGUUGUAAGUGUGAAAAGUCAAACAAUUAAUUAAUCACUUGAUUGUUGAUCAACAAAUUGCUUAGAAAAGAAAAACAAAUUAACUAAAUUAAUCUUUUCCUCUCUCCAGCCAUUUAAAUUUCAAUUGUAAGGGAAGAUGAUGAUUAAUCCUCAUCAUCAUCUUCACCUCCACCUCCACCUCCACCACCUCAUCAUCCUCUUUCUUAUUAUUAUUACUACCUUGAAAUCAUCUUCUCCCUCCUUCAUCAUCAUCAUCAUCAUCUUCCUUCAUCUUCCUUAGUUAUUUCUUAUUUUAUUUUCCAAUUUUUAGGAUAUUUCAAUUGAACUAACGACCAUUUAUGAUUUAGAAAAUUAAUUAAUUAAAUCAAUUAACCAAUACACAAAAACAACACGAAAAAAAGGUGAAAUAAUUGUGAUAUUUGCCAACGUAAGGCCUUCUCAACAGGAAACAAAGGAAAGGACUUGUGAGAUAAAGAUUAAGCUUAAAGGAUUAAGAUUAAACCACCAAUACAAAAAAAAAGAAUCACAAUCACAUAGAAACAAUUACAUUCAACUCAUCUCUUAAUUAUCAUCAUCAUCUUUUGUCAUCUCUCUCUCUCUCUUCACUUUCUCUCUCUAUCUCUGUCUCUCCCUCUCUGUAUUCAUCUCGUUGUCAAUGUUUUCUCAUUUAUAUCUCUAACUCUUAUCUUCUAAUUAGGAUUAACAAAAUUUUAAUCUUCAAAUUUAACUAAUUAACCAAUUGUUAAACUAAAACAAAACAAAAUGCCCUUUAAAUGUGUUAAUUACCAUCAAAAAUUAAAGAAAAGGAUUCAAACUCCAUUGGUUGAUAUUGCAAACACAGAAAAAAAAAUUAACUCGAUCUCAAGUAACAAACAAAAUGGAAAAACAUAAUUUCUCAUCUUCAUCAUCUUCAUUAUCAUCAUCAUCCUAGGAUUUUCUAAUCACCAUCACCCGAUUGAUUAUUUAACGAAAAUUGUUAAACAUUAAUUAUUUUGAUAUUUAAUUACCAUCAACAAUUUGUGUUUCACUUUGCUGCCCAACAAUCAACAACCACCAUCAUCAACAAUUAGAUUUUCUUGAUUGAUUUUACUUUCAAUUUAUGUUUCGUUGGUUUUUUUUGAUUGUUUCCAAUUGUCAAAUCAAUUGUAAACUAAUCAAAGUUGAUUUUUGUUAAUUAAUUAAUUGUCAUCAUACAUACACAGCCCUUCACAGAGCACAAUCAACUCUAAUUAUAAUUAAUUUUUUUACUCUAGAGAUAAAAACAAAACAAACUCAUCAAUUGGUUAUCUAAAUUUAUCUAAGCCAAAAUCAACAAUUUAGGAUUUACAAAUUUAACAAUUAAUCAAUUAAUCAAUUGAUUAACAAACUAAACAUCAUGAAAAACAAAACAAUUGUGUAAAAAAUUAAUCACCAUCAUUGAUGAUCGAGGUUAAAUCAAUCAACUUGAAUUGUAAACUGUUAACACAAUUAAAGCAACAAUCAACAAAUAAACAAAUAUUAAUAAUGAAAAACGACAACAAACUUAACACAUGAAAAACUAGGUAAUAACUUGACAAAUUUAUGAUAACAAUUAAAUCAUUGUAACAAUUGAUUAAUAAUUUACAGCAAAGUAGCUUUUAUUUUAAACACCAUUGGCAAUAUAAGAGGAGGGAAGGGAGUGAAAAGCUUAAUUGUAAUUAACUUGAUCGAAUUGUAAUUAAAAUCCUCUUGUCAAAUGGUUGUAAUUCAUAUCCAAUCCAAUGAUUUUAAUCCAUUGCCUUUCAAUUAUGUUAAAUGUAAUUCUUUUGUUUCCUGAUAAACUCUUCAGUCUUAUAUUA